AUUGAAUAAUCAAACAUGAUUCUUGCCGCCGGAGCUCUUCUUUCUCUCUAUGCCUUCUUUUUGGUACUUCCUAUUAUUAUAAUGGCAUAUGCAGCACAACACUAUCCUCUUCGACUUUAAUACUCUAGAAUAAUCAAUAAUCCACGUAGAUUCCAAAUAGCUUUAACUAUACAAGAUUUCACCAAAUUCCAUGUUCCCUCCACCCAGAAAAUGUACCCGCUUCCGUCCUCUAUCUCUUCAACUGCCUAAACCUCUCUUCCCAAUUGCCGGCGUUCCAUUAAUCGAGCAUCACAUUGAUCAACUCUGUCAAUUAUCCGGCCUAUCUGAGAUCCUUCUACUCGGUUUUUUCCCAUCCGACGUCUUCACUGAUUUCAUUAGUCGUUGCCAACAAACCUACCGCGUCAGUAUAAAAUAUCUCGAGGAACCUAAUCCACUCGGAACCGCCGGUGGCCUCGUCUCGUUCAAAAAACAAAUUCUCGCUGGUGAUCCGGAUGCGGUUUUCGUCAUCAACGCUGAUGUCUGUGGUGAUCUUCCAAUUGAGGAUAUGGGCGCCAAGUUGGACUCGCUCAGUGGAUCCAGUAUGCUUAUGCUCACUACAGAAGCAACUCGUCAGCAAUCAAUCAAUUUCGGAUCGGUUGUGACAGAUUCCGAGGGAAGAGUAAUCCAUUACGUCGACAAGCCAACGACUUUUGUUUCGACGAACAUCUCUUGCGGUGUGUAUCUGAUCAAAGCAGAGGUCAUCCGACAACUCGAUCUUCCACUGAACGGCGAUGGAAUCUGGUUGGAAACUGACGUUCUUCCACAACUCGCUUCUUCGGGAAAUCUAUAUGCUCUUCACACAACUAGAUGGUGGAGUCAGACAAAAACUGCGGCUGCAGUUCUCUACGCCAACCGUCACUACCUUCGCCUCUACAAAAGACGUUAUGCAGCUAGAUUGUGUAAGAAUGGAGCUCAGAUCAUCGGAGACGUCUUCAUCGAUCCAAGUGCAAAAGUUCAUCCAACCGCAAAAAUUGGUCCAAAUGUGAGCAUCGGGCCAAAAAGUGUAAUUGGAAAAGGAGUUCGUAUCAAGGAAUCGAUUAUUUUGCCGGAAGCAGUAAUCGAGGAAAAUGCGUGUGUCCUUCAAUCAGUUAUCGGAUGGCGUUCGGUCGUUGGAAUGUGGGCUAGAAUUGAAGGAAUUCCACUUGAACCGAAUCCAAAUCUUCCAUUUGCUAAGAUGGACAACAAGCCACUAUUCCUUCCGGAUGGUCGUUUGACCCCAUCACUAACAAUUCUCGGAUCUGACGUCUCCGUUGCUCCUGAAACUAUCAUCCUCAACUGCGUCGUCUUACCGUAUAAGGAACUUACUUGUAGUUACAAAAAUCAAAUUAUUCUCUAAUUUAUUCGAUUUUCUUUCCAACCAUCUCUCCUCAUUUUUUGUUUCAAAAUUCAUUUAACUGUGAUAUGUAUGUACCAUUCGGGAGGCCGUGCCAAAACUUGACAGUUACAGAUAUUGUUGAUGACUCUUUUUUCCUUUCUCUCGCCAAUCAAAACUCACUGGGAACCCUCUUUUCAUGUAUUUAAUUUAUUGCCUCCUCUCAAUCAAUCAGUUGUUCUUUCGAUUGUAAUAACCAAAUUAAACAGUUGUACAUUUCUUUUAUAAAGUCAAUUUCUGGG